CAAUCAUUUGUUGUAAACAUUAUCACAGAAUCUCAAUAAAGACAAAAUAUUUCCAGACAAGUAUACAAAAUCCGUAACUUGUUGAAUAAGUCUAAAGUGUCUAUCUUAUUUCUUAUUCCGAACUCGUGUGUAACACACUGUUAUCUUUGUGUAACAUAACCAGUCGGUAAAAGAUUAACAAAUUGUUCUGAUUAUGCUCACCUAUUGUUCGAUCAAAAGCGCCUUUGUUAGAUACACUAUCAACAUUCUCUCCUUCCUUUUCCUCUCUUUUUUCCAUUUAAUUAGUUUUCGGCGGAGAAGAAAAUAAUGGUGACGGAAGUUACGGAGACGGAGCGCUGGUGCGUCGUCACCGGCGGCAGAGGAUUCGCCGCAAGACACCUCGUGGAGAUGCUCGCUACCAGACGUCCGCAUCGCCGAUCUAUCUCUGGCGUUACAGCUCGAUGCUCACGAGGAGACAGGACUUCUCGGCGAUGCAAUGCGAUCCGGUAGAGUUCAGCACGUCUCCGCUGAUCUCCGGAACAAAGCUCAAGUCAUCAAAGCGUUUGAAGGAGCACAAGUGGUGUUCCACAUGGCGGCUCCUGAUUCGUCCAUCAAUAGCUACCAGCUUCACUAUUCAGUUAAUGUUCAAGCACAAUGACUCGUAUUCAGCGACUAAAGCUGGAGGGGAAGCUUUGAUCUUAAAAGCGAAUGGAAGAAAUCGACUACUCACUUGUUCCAUACGUCCUAGCAGCAUAUUUGGUCCUGGUGAUAGAUUAUUGGUUCCCUCCCUUGUAGCUGCUGCCAGGGCUGGCAAAUCAAAGUUUAUUAUAGGUGAUGGAAGUAACCUCUAUGAUUUCACGUACGUUGAAAACGUUGUGCAUGCCCAUGUCUGUGCUGAGCGAGCGUUAGCAUCAGGAGGGGAAGUGUCUGCAAAAGCUGCAGGCCAGGCAUACUUCAUUACAAACAUGGAGCCAAUUAAGUUUUGGGAGUUUAUGUCACUGCUUCUUGAAGGACUUGGCUAUGAGAGGCCAAGUAUAAAGAUACCUGCUGUUGUGAUGAUGCCAAUAGCACAUCUUGUGGAACUUGCAUAUAAAUUACUUGGACCACAUGGGAUGAAAGUACCACAGCUAACACCUUCUAGAGUUAGGUUUAUCUCUUGUAGCAGAACUUUUGAUUCCUCAAAAGCAAAGGAUCUCUUAGGCUACGCUCCUCUUGUGCCACUUCAGGAAGGUAUAAAGAGGACAAUAGACUCAUUCUCACACUUGACGGCUCAAAACCAACCCGAAAAAGAGGUUCCUGAUACUGUUCAAUGGAAAAAGCGGACACUCAUUGCAAUAGUCAUUCUGAUUACUCUCUAUAUUAACUUUGUUGCAAGUACCGGUUACUCUGCUAUACCCAUUGCAAUUUUGGUAGCAUUAAUCUUUUGGAGAUUGUUCGGCAGUAAGAAGAGUGACUAAAGAAGAUGACUCCAUCGUCCCAAUAAACCCCAAAACAAUUGUGUAUUUUGGACUUGUUUUUAUUUUUACGGUUCAAAUCUGACUCCUUUGUAUAAACAUCCUUUGGGUGUAUGGAUGUUGAUUGGUUUUAGAGCUGCUUGUAUAUUUUUCUCCCCUUUGUAACUUGAUCUCUGUUACAG